CAAACAUGAGAUCUUGAGAGGUCAGGGUGUACUCGGGCUCAGCCUCCCACCCCAGCGGUACUUUAAAAGACUCGGGGACUUCGUGGACGCAUACUAGAACUACCUUGAUCCUCUACAUUCUGAGCUGGAUCCCCUUCACGAAGGAUUGUGACCGGCCUAGUUAAGCAUACAAAACAUGAUUGCUUCACAUCCAAAUUCUGUCAAUAAUCCUCCUCUUGAUGAAUCUCUGUUCCUCCCUGAAUUGCUGGAAUUCAAUGCGCAACAUAACUCGGACGUCACAUUCUUUGUCUACAAUAAACCUGGCAAAAACGAGCUGGUCUCCAUCUCACACCUAGACUUCUAUCGAGCUUGUCAUCGUGCCGCACAUGAAGUUAGACCAGAUCGUGCAGGCACAGACAAAGAGGUAGUUGGCAUCAUCGCCAAUUCAGAUACCCUUCUUUAUCAGACGGUGUUUAUGGGUAUUAUCUUCGCUGGGCUAGUCCCAUUCCCCAUGUCCCCUCGUAAUUCAGCAGCGGCAAUCUUAAGCAUGAUGCAAAAAACAAAGUGUCGUCAUUUAGUCACCACUCACCACUCUCUCGGUUCCCUUAUUGACGGAAUUAAAGCGGGUAGCGUAUCUCAUGACUCUGAAGCGAGCCAGCUGCAAUUUGACGAGAUACCGACGCUGAAAGAUUUAUAUCCCGCGCUUGGCACAGGUUCUCUAGACGAGGAUUUCCCAUACCCUCCCCAAGCUUCUCGGUCAUCUCAGAACGAUAUAUUGUACUACCUACAUUCCUCUGGCAGUACUGGUUCCCGAAAGCCAUUCCAGCAACCAACCAGACUGUCAUUGACUGGUGCACAAGCCCAAAGUAUUAACAGGGUGAUAUCAGCAUGCAUUGUCGACCACAUCGGCGUUCUCACUCCUAUCCGCAUCGCUGCUGCAUCCGUUCCAGCGUUCCAUACUACGGGUGUGGUGGUCCAAUUGCUAGUACCCAUCGUGUCCUUGAGCAGCGUAUCCAUUUACCCACCCACAUCCUUCCACGACCCAUCAGCAGCCCCCUUAACACCCAAUUCCCAAAAUAUCUUGGAGUCUGUGCUUGAUACCAAAUCGAAUGCUUUGUGGGUCAUGCCUUUCUUCCUGGAGCAAUGGGCGUUUUCUCCCAAUACUGUUGAUAUUCUGAAGAAUCUCGAAUAUGUCCUCUAUACUGGCGGUCCACUCGCCUCCAAGACGGGAAAUGCCCUGGUGGAUGCAGGAACCAAUCUGUUCCCUAUCUAUGGCUCUACAGAAAUUGGGCCCGUCACUCGUAUAUUCCGGGAUGGGGUCGAGAAAAAGCUUUGGGACUGGCUGCGGUUUAUCCCAAACAUCAAGACCAGAUGGGUUCAUCAAGGCGAUGAAACAUAUGAAUGCCAAAUUUUGACAACCCCGAUGUACCGAGUGUCGGUGGAGAAUCUCCCGGACGUCAAGGGUUAUGCUACUUCGGAUUUGUUUAUCAAGCAUCCAACGAUUGAGGGUCUGUGGAAGAUCUCAGGAAGGAAGGACGAUGUAUUGAUGCUCUCGUCCGGGGAGAAAGUAAUACCAGCUCCCAUGGAAUGCAUCAUCGGGACUAAUCCCUAUGUGAACGGUGCCGUGAUCUUCGGUCGUGGACGUAGCCAUGUUGGUGUCCUCAUAGAACCACGAGCGGGGCAUGAAAUCGACAUCAACGACGAGGCACAAAUUUCGGAGUUCAGGAAUCGAGUUUGGCCUGAGAUAGAGGAAGCGAACAAGGCGGGCCCUGCCUUCAGCAGAAUAUUCAAGGAAAUGAUUCUUGUGACGCGCAAGGAGAAGCCCAUGCCUCGAGCUGGAAAAGGGACCAUCACCAAGAAAGCCACUAGCCAAAUAUACGAAGAGGAGAUCAAUGCCCUGGUGGAGGGCGGCAGAACAGGAAUCGAUGUGCCUUUGCCUACGAACUGGACUGUGGAGGACGUUGAGAGUUGGCUCAUGCUCCAUGCCGGCUUUGACAGUCUCUCUGCGACAUUCCUCAGAAGCCAAAUCAUCAGUUCCCUCAGGUCGUCAUCAGAUCGCGACGUCCAGGCUUCAGCACCGCAAAUUGACCAGAACAUCGUCUUUUUAAGUCCUUCAAUCCGCCAGCUCGCGAGAAGCCUCGUCCAUGUAGUAUUGCAUGGGAACAAUCCAACCUUGGUCGAUGUCAAGGUUGAUAUCGAGAGCAUGGUCGAGAAGUAUUCGGUGGGAUUCAGUGGAGACUCUGUCAGAGAUGCCUCCGCCAAUCUUGUCAGUGGACGCAGUCGAAGCCAUCAUGUGGUCAUCCUGACUGGGUCCACAGGCGGUCUUGGUUCAUACCUGCUUGCAUCUUUGCUACAGCGCGAGGAUGUGUCAAUGGUAUAUGCCUUCAAUCGUCCGUCGAAGGGUACUGCAUCCAUUCAAGAACGACAGAGGAAUGGAUUCGAUGACCGUGGUUUGGAUGUCACCCUCCUGCAGUCAGAGAAACUGUUAUAUAUAGAAACGGAUACUUCUAGUGAUGACCUGGGUUUGGAGAAGGAGGUGUAUCAGAAGAUCUGCGCAUGCGUCACUGUCAUCAUUCACAACGCCUGGCCACUCAACUUUAACCUGGCGCUGUCGUCCUUCGAGCCUCAAGUUCGGGGAACACGCAAUCUUAUAAACCUGGCUCUAUCUUCUCCGUGGCAUCCGAGGCCGCGUUUUUUAUUCACCUCUUCUGUCUCAACUGCGCAAAACUGGGAUAAAUCGAAAGGACCCUUCCCAGAAGAAGUACAGUACGACGCGGGCGUCGCAGAAGGCCCUGGAUAUGGCGCGAGCAAAUAUGUUUGUGAAAGGGUCCUCGUGAACAGCAAGUUACCAGCAUCCUCAUUCAGAAUUGGGACAAAUAGCGGGAGGACCUCCACGAGGAGCUUGGUCGACAACGGACUGGUUGCCGACAUCAGGAAAAAGCACAGUGCCUAA